GUGGUUCUCAAAAUACAAACGAUGUCUAUAUACAUUUUUGUUGCUUUUUUUGUAAAAUACUUCAUUUUAAAUCACUUUGAUAUUGCAAGUGCAGAUUUAUCUACAAACAGUUUGUUAUCAAAACAAGUUGGUUUAGCAACAUUGUUUCCAACCAAUAAUAAUGGCUUGAAAUUGAAUCCAUCUGUUGAGCAAUUAUGUGAUAUGACUACAGACCAACUGAUUAAAUAUUAUGGAUACGAAGUUGAUUCGUAUAAUGUAACAACAGAGGAUGGCUACAUCUUAACAAUAUUCCGCUGUUAUUCGAGUAAAUUUCCAAUGGACGAAUUGGAACCAAUAAUAUUACAGCAUGGAAUGAUAAGUACAUCGGACGUAUUUUGUAUGAAUCCAGGCGUACAAUCGUUGGCAUAUUUCUUUGCAUCGAAAAAGUAUAUUGUUUACAUGCCAAAUUCGCGUGGAAAUCGGUACUCACGUACCCAUCAAACACUGGAUCCAAACCAAAAUCCUGGAAAAUUUUGGAAUUUUUCAUGGACCGAGAUGGGAGUGUUUGAUUUGCCAGCCGUUAUUGACUCAGUGAUAGAAAAAUCAAAAAGAAGCCAAAUACCGUGCAUUGGACACUCACAGGGUGCAACAAUGUUCUUGGUUCUUCUUUCGAUGCGUCCUGAAUACAAUUCAAAGAUCAAGCACGUUGGAUUGAUGGCACCAUUCUCAUACGUGUCAAAUACGGGCUUUCCGCUAAAUAUGAUUUUGAAAUUUUUUCAAACGAUAGUGCCCUACACAGAUUGGGAAUUCUGGCCGAACACUGUACAACAACGAAUAUUAGCGAAGGCAAUGUGUCAAAUGAACAAUGGUUUGUUUUGUAAUCAAUUUAUCAAUAUGUUUCAUGGUACCAGUAUUGAUCAAAGAAACGAUACAAUGUUACCUGUAUAUUUAUGCCAUUAUCCAUCGAGCUGUUCGGCAAAUCAAUUGAUUCACUUCGGACAAGAAAUGGAGUUGAAUUAUUUUGGGCCAAUGAUGCAUUCUAUCGGUAGCAAAACACCAAAAGAGUUUCCAAUCGACAAAGUUACCGCCCCAAUAUCAAUUCAUUACUCGACAGCAGAUCCACACACCCACUCACUGGACAUUAAAAAAUUACAGUUGAAUCUGCCAAAUGUAGUUGAUGUACAAGAAAUUAAAGGAUUCAAUCACUUAGACUUUUUGUGGGGUAUUCAUACGCAUGAAAUUGUUUACUCUAGAAUUUAUCAGCUUUUAAAAAAUCACACAACUUGAAUAAAUACACAAUUUUUCCACAUAUGAUUCCUGUUUACUUUAAAUACAUCUAAUUUUCGAUAAAAUAAUAAAGAGAGGGGAAAAUCAUGU